GACCUACAAACCUUUUUGCCAUCCCUACGAUUCCCCACCUUCAUUUACAACGUCCGGUCAUUGACCCGAGAGCAGCAGCACACGGCCAUUGGGAGCUUACCGCGCGUAGCGUCUAGAGCAUACUCUACUUGUAUAUGUCUUUUAGGUGGAAGGUGACAUUUCUUAGGACCACCGUUCGAGCACGACCAGACCCACCUACAUUUCGGGUCUUUGCCCGCAAGCGCUUUCUUACAACCAUGUCGCUUUCGGAAGAUAAAAGCUAUGAGGCCGCUGUGUCAACGCUCAAUAACCUGCAAACCAACGCACGACUGCUGGAGGUCUUACGAAAGUCAGGGAAUAGUAUGAAUUACAGAAGUAUACCAGAAAUGAGACGAUUUGUGGAGCGUAUUGGCUACAAGGUUCACGAGUUCAACAAGCUUAACGCUAUACACGUUGCGGGAACGAAGGGCAAAGGAUCGACAUCGGCCAUAUGCGAUGCCAUUCUACGCAACGUACAAAUCACCGAGAAUAAUAUUACAAGACCACUGAAAACUGGCUUGUUUACAUCGCCGCACUUGAUUGAAGUCCGGGAGCGCAUACGGAUCAACGGCAAACCAAUAGAAAAGCAUCUAUUUGCCAAAUAUUUCUUUGAAGUAUGGGACGCCUUAGAAAAGACAAAGCCAGAGAGUGCGGAUGAACCAGACAAGCCUCAAUAUUUUCGCUAUCUUACAUUAAUGGCUUUCCAUACGUUCAUGCGUGAAGGGGUCGACGUGGUACUUUUGGAAGUCGGAAUGGGUGGGCAAUAUGAUGCUACCAGUGUGAUCGAGAAGCCGACAGUUUGCGGUAUCACAUCACUUGGAUUUGACCACAUGCCAUUAUUGGGCAAAACCUUGCCAGAGAUAGCCUGGCACAAGGCGGGCAUAAUGAAGCCAGGUGUGCCUGCAUUCUCGGUUCCGCAGGCGGAAGAAGCCAUGCCUGUGCUUCGUGAACGUGCGAAGGAGCUUAACGCAUCAUCACUAGUGGAAAUCAGCGCUACCGAAAUCGCCGCAAUGGGAAACAGUCAACUCGGGAUGUCUGGGUCAUAUCAAUGGGUAAAUGCGGCCCUUGCCGUAGCAUUGUGUAAAGAGUGGAUCGCGCAACGACGGAGUGCGGGUGUGCAAAUUGUGGGCGGAGACGAUGCAGUGAAGAACGGCCUUCGGAAUGCUAAAUGGCCGGGACGCGCUCAAAAGUUUGUUGCUUCUGAUUACCCUUCCAUUACCUGGUAUCUGGACGGAGCACAUACGAAAGAGAGCAUGCUGGUCUGUGCAGACUGGUUUAAUGAUGAGUAUCGGGAAACAGAAGCAGAGGGACGACACGGAGAGCAGGUUUUGCUCUUUAAUUGCACAAAGGGUCGGGACGGGUUGACUCUUCUCAAAGCGUUGGUAGAACUUCACAAAAGUUCUGUACCGUUUUCGCGCGUCGUCUUUUGCACGAAUGAUUCAUAUCGACCGGGAUCUGGACAAACAAAAAUGGACCAAACAAAUUAUACAGUCCUGCCAGAUGACGAAUUAUCUAUCCAAAAGGAGCUGGCAGACGCAUGGAAAACUUUAAUUGGAUCAGAUACGGGGGUGAAUGGAGUUGUUGCAGAGAUUGAAAUUCAACCAAGUAUUGAAGAUGCGGUGGAAUCCAUUUCUCGUUAUUACUCAAAAGUCCAAGCUGUACAUCCUCGCGUUCUAGUGACAGGCAGCUUGUACUUGGUGGGGGGACUAUUGACGUUCCUCAAGGCGGACGUUAGUUAGAUUCGCCGUAAGUAAUUAGGUACAAAGACUGGUAGACUAUUUCAAGAACACACUAUUAUAUUUUGCAUAAUGUGGAUUUACGGGGGCAAGAGAAAUCGUUAGAUGCUUUCCAGGUUUAGUUUUGAACUGAAAAUGUCGUAAAGUGCCAGUGUCAGAUCA